GACAGCCAAGUAUAUGCGGUAGUUACCGACCGUUUCUACACGUCGAUCCAGAGCGCCCUGCAGUUUCUUCAGCGCAACAUGUACAAGGUUGGUAUCAUCCAGACCAACAAGAAGGGCUUUCCCCCGGCGCUCGUCCAGGAGAAGUCGAAACGUCAGAAGAACAUCCCGCGCGCAAGAUUGUAG